AUGGCUGACUCAAAGAACGCCAACACUGCCACUGCCGACAGUGGUGAGGGUUCCGGCGCUCGAGCUGGCGCCUGGACUGAGGCUGAGAGAAGCCAGCUCCUCUUGCGCGUCCUCGCUAGUGUGCUCCCUGAGGGAAAGGGCGUCGAUUGGAAGAACGUCAACAUGCCCGGCCGCACGCAGAAGGCCUUGCAACACCAGUGGACCACCGUUCUGGCCCAGAUCCGGGACCUCAACAUUGGCGGUGACGGCACCGUCACUACCCCGGCCAAGCCCCGUGCGGCUCGCAAGAAGACGCCCAAGAAAGCUGCCGGUGCUGCCGAUGGCGAGAGCGGCGAUGAGGCUAACGAGGGCGACGAGGAUGGCACCCCCGUCAAGACCCCUAAGAAGCGCGGCGCUGUUAGCGCUGGUGAGGGUUCGGCCAAGAAGCGUCGCGCUCCCAAGAAAAGCACCCCCAAGGUCGAGGAUGAGGCCGCGGAGGAGGACGGCGAGGCCAAGGCCGAGGAGAACGUCGAGGAGGAGCAGUAG